UUCCGGGAGUCCGGUGUUCCCCGGACCGGGUGUAUCGCCGGGGUCCGGUAGAGUUAUAUCGGUGGGGAGGAAGAGACGACUUUUGGAGACGCUGGGAACUUGUUGGCAUUUGUGGUGUGAGACUGUGGCAGGUGUUUGGAAAAGGUGUCGCACUUGUACGCAGCUACGGUCUCUUCCCUGUAGGGGGCGUUAGCCUCGAUGGAAGAAGUUUAGUCAGAACUGGUAUCCGUGACCCUGAACUCUCCGCGCUCCUCUCUCGUCAUGCUCGGUGCUCGGUUCCGCGUUCCUCCGGUGGCCGGUGCUGGGGGCAGGUAAGCGGAGCCCCCGGGGUGUAGCUGCCGCCGAGCGCAGGAGCCCGGUCUGGUUGGAUCACUUCUCUUGUGACUGUUGAUCACAAGUGUUAACUUUCCGUGUGACAAGAUCAGAAAGCUGGAGUUCUGGAAUAUAAUGCCGAGCAGGAUGGGGUCAAGAAUGGAUUUAUCAAAGGACUUCAUUAAAAUGAAAGCACACUACAAUGGAGAUAUUCUGAUCACCCGCCUGGGAGCGUCGAUGAAUUAUGAUGAACUGUGCGAUGAAGUGAGAGAGAUGUGCAGUCUCCACCAGGGGCAGCCGAUCACGUUGAAGUGGAUUGAUGAUGAAGGUGACCCCUGCACGAUUUCUUCACAAAUGGAGCUGGAAGAAGCUUUCCGAUUAUACUCCAUAUAUAAAGAGGAGGGCCUCAGCAUUCACGUAUUUCCAAGCAUACCAGAGAAGCCAGGCUUGCCUUGUCCAGGAGAAGACAAAUCAAUCUACCGUCGAGGGGCCAGAAGAUGGAGGAAGCUCUACCGAGUGAAUGGGCAUCUGUUUCAAGCCAAACGCUUUAACAGAAAAGCCUACUGUGGCCAGUGCAGUGAAAGGAUAUGGGGCCUUGGGAGGCAAGGCUACAAGUGUAUCAACUGCAAGCUACUUGUCCAUAAACGCUGUCACAUACUUGUCCCACUGACCUGCAGAAAGCAUAUGGAUUCGGUCAUGCCUUUCCAGGAGCCGCGAGUAGAUGAUAAAAGUGAUGAGGGAGAUAACCCCCCAGAAGAAACAGAUGGAAUUAAUAUUAUCCCUCCACCUCGGAAAAUUGAAUCACGGAAAGAUGUGUCUGAGGACAUUAAACCUGUCAUUGAUGGAAUGGAUGGUAUUAAAAUCUCACAGGGACUUAGCCUUCAGGACUUUGAUCUCAUCAGAGUGAUUGGUAGAGGAAGCUAUGCCAAAGUCCUUUUAGUACGGUUAAAAAAGAACGACCAAACGUACGCCAUGAAGGUGGUGAAGAAGGAGCUGGUGCACGACGAAGAGGAUAUUGACUGGGUUCAAACAGAAAAGCACGUCUUUGAACAAGCUUCCAGUAACCCCUUUCUAGUUGGCCUGCACUCUUGCUUCCAGACACCAAGCCGGUUGUUUUUGGUCAUAGAGUAUGUAAAUGGAGGUGACCUCAUGUUUCAUAUGCAACGACAAAGAAAACUCCCCGAGGAACAUGCCAGGUUUUAUGCUGCUGAAAUCUGUAUUGCCCUAAAUUUCCUGCAUGAACGAGGGAUCAUUUACAGAGAUCUAAAGCUUGACAAUGUUCUUCUGGAUGCAGACGGUCACAUCAAACUAACUGAUUAUGGCAUGUGUAAGGAGGGCCUAGGGCCAGGAGACACAACAAGCACUUUCUGUGGAACGCCAAAUUACAUUGCUCCUGAAAUCCUGCGAGGAGAAGAGUAUGGUUUCAGUGUGGACUGGUGGGCACUUGGUGUGUUGAUGUUUGAAAUGAUGGCUGGGAGAUCUCCAUUCGAUAUCAUUACUGACAAUCCAGACUUGAACACUGAAGAUUAUCUGUUCCAAGUUAUCCUAGAAAAACCUAUAAGGAUUCCAAGGUUCCUGUCUGUGAAAGCUUCCCAUGUCUUAAAAGGAUUUUUAAGUAAGGAUCCCAAAGACAGACUUGGAUGCCAGCCUCAGACAGGGUUUGCUGAUAUUAAGUCACAUACCUUUUUCCGCAGCAUAGACUGGGAUAUGCUGGAGAAAAAGCAGGUUGUUCCUCCUUUCAAGCCUCAGAUCACAGAUGACUAUGGUUUGGAGAACUUUGACACUCAGUUUACCAGUGAACCAGUUCAGCUUACACCGGAUGAUGAAGACGUAAUAAAACGAAUAGACCAAUCGGAAUUUGAAGGCUUUGAGUAUAUUAACCCAUUGCUGCUCUCCACAGAAGAGACGGUAUGAAGGACUGAGAUAUUUAUGGACAAACCACACGAUUGAUCCCGAACUUGUAUCCCUAACUACAGUAUAUGCAUGCAAGGCUGGAAACUGAUGCCAGGUUCUUAGUACAGAUCAGCACUGCAGGAUUUGCUGCUGAAAAUCAUCUACAGCGGAGACGCUUCUAGUGGAUCUCUUCCUGCGUAGUAGCUGCUCUCUACAUGAGGAGAUGGCUUUCCGGCUCAGUUACACAAGGGAUUUCACUUUUUGUGCCUGCCUAUUUGAAGGGUCUACAGUGUAUGUAAAUUCCAUCUGAGGGCGCCUGUAUGGAAGAGCUGUUUUAUUUCAGGCAAUCAUGUAAGCAAGCCGCUUCCAUUAGUGCAUUAGAUGCUCUGUGCUGCACUUCGCGGGGAAAACAAAAAAAAAAGGAGAAAGUAAAGGCUUUGGCAGCAUCUGGAAUAUAGUGACUUUCUCCUCCCAUCAGCAAUGUGGCACUUGUCAAUCUGGGUAAUAAAUAAAAGUUGUUACACUGAUUAUAUACAAGAUUUAUAUUGCCCUGUCACCUAUACGAAUGAAUUGCACUGGUAAUAUUACAAGAGUAGAUUAAGACGAUUUGGACUUUUUCUAAAACAAAAAAUCACAGUGAUUUUGCACUUAAACUAAAUCUACAACCAACGUGGUGCAGUAAAGUCAAUAAAAAAAAAAAAAAUUGUUGGGAGGUGAAAUAACAAAUUUGCACAUUUGAAUGGCUUUCUGGAAAUCCACAAUGUAAUGUGCCUAAUUCUUAGCUUGUAGUUGUGUGACAUUUUGCUAUUUGAACAAUUCCAAUGCAGUAUUCCAUGCAGAGACCUGCCCAGCCGUAACAUAUCCCUAUAGCCUUAACAGGUGGAAUCGAAAAAUCUCCUAAUCAAUUCUAAUGCGUUUCCCUCAUUUCUCAUCCUAAUCGAGCACACAUUUUCUACAUGUUGGCUACUUGAUUAGUUCCAUAGCUGCAGUUUAGAGGUAGAGGUCAAG